AAGAAAAGGGAAAAGCAGUGCUCAUUGAAGAACCAAAAGAGCAUAAAUGUACCAAGAAGAGGGGGAGAAAACCUCAAGGUAAAACCUACAAUACCAGAACCAAAGAGCAUAAGUCUUAUGAGAAGGUUGAUGAUUCAAGCUCUGGUGACUCUGAUUUCUAUAUUGAUAGUGACUAUGAGCAGACUAAAGGUGACGAUGAUAUAGAUUUUGAUGAAAAUGUCAAAAAUCCAAGCACAAUUGAGGAAUAUGAGGAGAUGGGAUUUAUGGGAGUAUGCUCUAAUGAUGAAGGCAACAGUGAUGAGUUUGCUAGUUGGGAUGGAUCUCAAACAGAAGAGGAUGAAGAUGGUAAUCCUCUUCCCAAGAGAUCAUCUAAGAAUCCAAAAACCAAGGCUUGAAAUAGAGCUGUUGAUUUAGGUACUCCAAAUUUCUGUGUCGGACAAGCUUUUACGAAUUCAGAAGUCUUGAAGGAAGCUGUGAGAGAGUAUUUUUUGUUUAUCAGAGAUGAUUGUGGUUCCAAAAGAACAGCAAGAUUAAGAUUGAGGUACGAUGUCAGUGGGGGUGUCCUUUUUGGCUUUAUGCUUCAAGAAUCAACAAGGAGGAUCCCACCAUGUACAUUAAGACACUGAGGCAAGCUCAUAAGUUUCAUGUAAUUCAAAAAAGCCAUCAUCUAAACUGCAACAGGGUUGCUAGAGAAGUAUUAGAAGAUCUCAUGGUUGAUACUGAAUGGUCAAGGACCGGUAUUCAAAACAGAAUUCAGAAGAAGUACAAGCUAGAUGUCUCUGUGAAAACUAUAUAUAGAGGGAAACUGGCAGCCAAAAGAAUGAAUGAAGGCCACUACUUGCAGCAAUACAAUAAGCUUGCAUUGUACAAGAAAGAAUUGCUAAGGAGCAAUCCAGGGUCAACUGUUGAAAUUAAGACACAAAUGGAUGGUGAAGUUAGAAGAUUUCAUAGAAUGUACAUAUGCCUAGCUGCUUGCAAGGAGGGAUGGAUCAAGGGUUGUAGGCCUCUAAUAGGGUUGGAUGGCUGUCAUAUCAAAGGCCAACAUCCAGGGAAGAUACUUUGUGCAGUGGGCAUAGAUGCAAAUAAUGGAAUUUUUCCGGUUGCUUAUUCAGUGGUUGAGGUUGAAAACACUGAAACUUGAAAAUGGUUCUUGGAGUAUCUCAUAUGGGAUUUGAAGAUGGAAAAUCCCAUGUCAUAUACUUUUAUCACGGAUAAACAAAAGGGCCUAGGGAUUGCCAUAGCUGAUUUGAUGUCGGGAGCAGAGCAUAGACAUUGCGUUAGACAUUUGUACAAUAAUUUCAAGUGCAAGAAUCCUGGUAAAGGACUCAAGCAGACUUUAUGGAAUGCAGCAAGGUUCACCACACAUAUAUGGUUCAAUAGAAACAUGGAAGCAAUGGAGAAGCAAUCAGAUGGGGUUGGGAAAUGGUUUGAAGACAAGCCAUCAGAACAGUGGAGUAGUUCACAUUUUAGAACCACUUCUAAAUGUGACAUCCUCCUAAAAAAUUUAUGUGAAUUGUGGAAUGCUUCUCUAGUUAGGCAUAGGGAUAAACUGAUUUUGACCAUGAUGGAAGGGAUGAGGAUGGAUUCCAUGACAAGAAUGGCUAACAAAAGGGUUGCCGGCACAAGACGGACCAAUAUGGUUGGCCCUCGAAUUGCAAAAGUUAUUGAGAAGAUUGGCAAAAGAACUCAUGAAUAUAGAGCACACAUGUCUGGGGAGUUUUUGUACCAAGUGAUUGGAGGCAUGUACGGGAACAAGCAUGCUGUUGACUUAGGCAUGCACACAUGCACAUGCAGGAGGUGGCAAUUAAGUGGAAUUCCUUGUGUCCAUGCAACAUGUGCUAUAUUUGCAAAGAAACUGGAACCUAGCCUAUUUGUGGACAAUUAUUUGUUACCCUCUACUUAUCUUGAUGCAUAUAAUCCUAUCAUCUACCCUAUUGCUGGAGAUGAUGAUUGGGAGCUGGUGGACUACCCAAUUGCUCCUCCACCAUACAAGAAACAAGCAGGGAGGCCUAAAAUGAAGAGAAUCAAAGAACCUGGAGAGGGAAAAGCAUCACCUGCCCCUGAUGCAAGCAAGAUGUCUAGAAACCUUUAUGGAACAAAGAUGACCUACAAG